AUGUCGGGCCUUAUCAACAAAGUAAAGGCUGCUCUGUCGAGCGACACCCCAGAUUCUACCAAUGCUGGACCGCACCAUAGCAACGCGGCCAACUCGGUUGACCCCAGAGUCGAUUCAGAUCGCAGCCACGGUGGCUACGGGACCGGAGCUGGUCAUACCAGCGGUGUUCCCACGGGCGUCGGCCAUACCGGCGGCCACAGCGGUGCUGAAUAUGGCGCCGCCCCACAGAGCGGUGAAUACGGAUCGGGUGCUGCGACGAUGGGAUCGGGCAACACCAUGCACUCCAGCCGAGGUGCAAACAAGCUCGAUCCUCGUGUAGACAGCGACUUCGAUCACAGAGCCAACCCGGGGAGCAACGUGGGCGGCUAUGGGGCCACAGCGAAUGCUCCUUCGACCACAACGGCUGGGCACCACGGCAACAACAUGCACUCCAGCCAGCUUGAAAAUAAGAUUGAUCCUCGUGUGGACAGCGACUUUGACCACAGGGGCAACCCUGGAAGCAAAGUGGGUGGCUAUGGAAAGCAAGAGUCCGCCAGAUACGGAGGUGCAUCUGGUAUGCCGUCAGACACGACAACCGGCCACAACCUCCAGUCAGGACAUCACGGACAUCAUGGCCAUCAGGGCCAAGGUAUCACGGGUGUUCACGACCAGGUAACCACUGGAAACACCAUGGGAACCUCGACUCAUGGCCUUCACAACUCUGGUUCCCAGGUGGGAUAUCAAAACACUUCGGGAGCUUCAACUCAUGCACCCCACAACUCGAAUCUGCUCAAUCGUGUGGAUCCAAGAGUCAAACAUGAUACUGAAGGUAGACCUGUCUGA